AUGAUAAUCCCGAAUUUGCGAAGUCCUGACCGUGUGAAGCUCGUCAAUGCAGCACCUAUCAAUGAUACCUUGGUCGUACAGGCUGCAGAUUACAUAUCGUCAUGUGGUCCAGCGUGGAUGGCUACAACUGACAUCAAAUCGAAUGCUGGACAACUUGCUCGUGUUGGUUUCAAUUCAGCUGUCGACCUAUUCUGUGACAAGGCUGGGGGACAUACAGUGGGACCACAAAAGUACCUUUCGUUAGCCACGAGGGUAUGGCUCAAUUCAGGGAACCCGCAAACGUCAGGGUUAAACGGUUAUGUUUACUUCGAGAUCCAUAACAAGCGAGAAAUGAACCACAUCGUCACUUCACAAUCUUGCAAAGAUUACCUGAAGAAGCUGUCGGUCGAAGGCAGCAAAUGCUAUGGCAAAGACAAUAAAGAUACAAAAGGCGGCACAUGGCAAGUAGGUAAAGAUGAUGUAUCUUACCACGCUAUCGCGAACAAAAUUCCACCAACUUUUGAUGCGGUGGACAAGAUUAUCGUAUUAGACGGUGAACUCCAACCACUUGGAAAUGGGGGGUUAGGAAGAACGCUUGUGCCAUUCCCUACGUUUUCCUUCAAUGACAUCACUCCCAUUCGCUGUCAUAGCCAUAACGAUUAUACCAGAGACACUGCUUUAUAUUCGGCUCUCAGUGCUGGCUGCAUUGGGGUUGAGGUCGACAUCUGGCCGCAAGGCGACAAGCUUGUGGUCGGUCAUGAGGAUCCCGGAACAAAUGGACCAACAAUACAGAAUCUUUACAUCAACCCUAUAAAAAAGCUGAUUGACGAAAGAGGCGCAGUUUUUCCUGCAAAACCUGGUCAAGGUCUGUUCGUGCUCGUUGAUUUCAAAAGCAACGCAGAUCAGACGUGGGACCUACUUGUCAAAGCGCUUGAGCCUCUGCAAUCUGCAGGUUAUUUGAGCACUUGGAAUGGCGGAUUCAAACAAGGCCUUGUUACAGUGAUUGGAAGUGGGAACGCUAUUAUAGAUGGUAACGUGCCGACGCCAAUUGCCAAAGCUUUGAAUGUUGCAACGAAUCCUGGUCGCUCUAUAUUCGUAGACGCCAGAGUCCAUAAAGACAUGGCCAAUUUCGAUGCAUCAAAUACGUUUUACACCAGUGCUAGUUUCAAGGAUGCUGUUCAGCUGGGGACUGGAACAAUUUCCGGGAGUAAUUUGCAGAAGAUGAGAAACCAAAUCAAGGCCGGCCACGAGAAGGGCUUUGCGGUCAGAUACUGGGACAUACCAAGUCAGUCCCAGUGGCAACAACUCGUGGAUGAGGGAGUUGACCGACUGAAUGUCGAUGAUUUGUUCGCCGUUGCUUCUGUGAAUUGGAAGCUGUGA